GCAUCACUCACAAGCCAACACCAAAAACAUAAUCGUGAAUUUUGGCUUAUAUCAUCAAGAACCUGUGCAGUCGCUACUCCCGGGCAGCACAGUCCCUUAAUAAUACCAUGAGAAGUUCGAAAUAGUGUUCCAAUCUAGCUGCAGGCGGUCAAUACCAUGGCACCACGACUACUCCUUUUCGCUGGCGCACCGCCUCCUUCAUCUCUCACAACACAAUCUUGUACAAUAACACAAAUCGACGACUCCUUCGCUGAGUUUCUUGGGCUAGCCCCUCAAGGAACAGCUCCGAUAUCAUCUCCAAGUCCCGCCCCGUGGCGUUCUCUGCCGCUGAACAGAAAACCGCUUCACACAGGGUUCAGCCAGACCCAUAAUAUCAGCAUCAACCUCGCCAACCAAUCUGAAUUCUUCACCACGGCUGAGAUUUCGUUUAAGGAACAAUCUCAGUCGUUUGGUGACGAAGACCCAGAGAAUGUGUUGUCGCAGUUCUAUGACCAUUCCCUAGCUUUACACAAUUCGAUCCCAUCAUCACAGCUUGAUAGUUUCGAGGAGACAACAUUUGAGGAGACAUCGUUUAUGACGACUUCUUCGGCAGGGCAUUUGAAUAUGAGAGAUACUGUCCCUUCUCAUCUCUCUGAUCUGGAAGAUAUACCGCCGGCUCGGAGGAUUCUAGCUCUCAAUCCCCAAACUAUCACUAUCAACAUUAUUGCCGGCAUUAUAUCCAUCGCACAGCCACGAACUGUCACAACGCGUUGGGGUCGCAGCCUCUCUUUAGUGGAGAUCCUCCUCGGCGACAAUACAAAGACAGGCUUCGCUGUGACGUUUUGGCUUGCGGAGGAGAAUAAUGCAGCUGCUGAGAUUAGUGCCCUUCGGCGUCAGGACGUAGUUCUCAUGCAGAACGUGGCACUUCACGUUUUCAAGGACAAAGUCUAUGGUCAGAGUCUCCGUAGGGGCAUGACCAAGGUGAGUCUGUUAUGGAGAAGGGAUGGGUCUGGGCUUUAUUCGACGCGAGAGCUCUCCAAGCGCGGCCAGAUGCACCCGCAGUUACAAAAGGCCAAGCAAGUAAAAGAUUGGGUGCUCAAGUUCGUGGGAGCUGAUGUUGGAGUAAGAACAAGAGCUAGGAAAGCAAGGGUUUCAUGGGACAGACCACCAGAUGAUACACAAUGAGGAGUCUUCGUACUCGCCAAAUGCAACCAAGAGAAGAGAGACAUCCGAGGGUAUCUAUGCAAAAUUCCAAUCGCCAAAUUACGCUUCGAUCCCACGAUCCAUUCAGACAGGCACAGCAGGCUCGGCCUUUCUGUCCUCGCCGUCUGGGCCCUUCUUGACAGACUUCCAUCGGAAGCAUAGGCAAGCAAUCAGGGCACAGGCAGCACAAGCAAGAGAGGUGUAAAAGGUGUCUCUGAGACCCUUCAUGUACGCAUUGAGGACAGCGUCGAGCGCAUCAAUGCGGCCCAUCUUUCUCAGAGUAUCCUCAAUCUCUGAAGCUCCAGUGUUGAUGAAGAUAGUCGGGUCGAUACCAAUGUUAUCGGCCUUCAGUGUGUCAAUGAGGCCAUUUUGGAAGACAGUUUGGCCCACGGCCACGAAGAUGGCACCUCCAAAGGCUUGGCCGAACUGAACAACAGCGGUGCCAACAGGAACCCAUUCUUGAGGCAAGACAGUUUGAAUGAUAAGGACACCGAUUUGGAAACCAGCACCAAUGCCCAAGCCAGCGAUGACUUGGUAGCCAAACCACUCCUUGAGAGGGGAAUGCACAUCGAGGGUUGUGAGCAUGCCACACCCGACAGUGUAGAGAACCAUGCAGGGGAUGAUGACAUAGCUGUAGUAGCCAAUGGCGGUGAUGACACCUCCAGAGACGAUAGAGCAGAGGACGGUCGCGAGCAGGAGAGGGAGAAUCUUGAUUCCAGCCUGGACGGCGCUAACACCCUGGAUGGCCUGGAAGUAAAGAGCUGAGAAAUGUUAGUUGGGCGGACAGCAGAUGUAGGGUGAGACUUACAGAGAUAGUAGAUGAGAGGGAAGAAACCGGCACCAAAGAACAUGGCGAAGAUGAUGGCGGACAAAGUGUCCCGGUUCUUGAAUAGACGAGGCGGGAGAGUUCCCUCAUCACCCUUCCAGAAUUGGAUGCCAAUGAAGAUGGCAAUCAUGGCUCCAAAGCCACAGAAGAGACCGAUGAUACGCGAGUUGUUCCAGGGAUAUUCAGCACCACCCCAUUGCAGAGCAAGGAGCAAGCAGAUAAUGGCAGGGAUGAAAAUGGCGGCGCCAGCAAGGUCGAGCUUGCGAAGACGAUCCAUGAAGGUCAUGUUGAUAGUGUUCGAGUCAUUGCGGUUAACCUUGACAAAGAAGAAGACAAUGAGCAUGGCCAAGCCGCCAAUGGGAAGGUUGAUGUAGAAACACCAGCGCCAGGUGGCAUGUUCAGUAAAGGCACCUCCGAGAAGAGGGCCAGCAACGGAGGCGAUACCCCACAUACCACCGAUAAGACCAAAGGCAAGAGGACGCUUUUCGAGAGGCACUGGAGUUGUGGUUAGUUAUGGUCACGGAGCUAGUUUGCUGGUCUUGACGUACUGAUGAGGGAGAGGAUAACGAUAGAUCCGGAAAAGAGACCAGCCGUUCCAAUCUUGAGGCGCCGUCAGUUAGGGUUCAUGGGAUUCGUGUAAGGCAACUCACUCCUGCAAUGGCUCGGCCGACAAUGAAAGCGACAGAAGACGGCGCAACAGCAGAGAUCAAACUUCCAAUCUCAAAGAUGAAGACGGCAGCGAGAUACGCAAUCUUGACAUUGAAGUACUUGUAGAUAGUUCCGUACAUGGGCUGCAAAGCAGUGGUGGUAAGAAGGUACGAAGAUCCAUACCAUCCAAUAUCCUUGACACUCUGGAACUGCGCUGUGAUGGCGCCGAGUGCGGGAGCGAUGAUGGUCUGGUCAAGAGCAACGAGAAAGAUGGCGAGACAGAGAGACGAGAUGAUGAGGGUAAGCUUUGCAGCGCCAGGGUACUGAGGCUGCUCGUCAGCGGCAUUGUUGUUGCUGGCGGUUACAGAGCCAGCCUGCUGCUCCUUGUUAUCGGCUGAAGUGUCGAGGAUGUUGUUGGAUCCAACUUCGGUCUUCUCGUCAGACGAGAGACGAGUCUCUUCGACCAUUGCGUUGGUGGGCGCCGUAACGGGUGUGGUCGUAGCCAUGGCAAUGUUCCAAAAUUAAAGUGCUGUAAGGAGAGAAGAAGAAAAAAGAGAAGAAUUGGAUUAGUUUAUGUAGGAAGAAUCAACGGUAGCGUUGGUACUACUAAGGUUGUUAUGGU